UUUCGCCGAGAAAGAGUCAGUAAGCGGAACAAUUAUCUUAUCUGCCUACCUACAUACCUGGGCAUUGGUACGGGUAUAUAACAAGACCUUCUCCCUCAACAUGCGUGGUCUUGUUGUUGGCCAGACCACACCUACGCCACCUCUGUUGCUCCUGUUCAAUUCGCGGACCGGUUGUCUGACCAGGCUAUCCACCACAACUACAAGACAGCAACAACAGGCCACGCAAGCCCGCCGUACGAUAAUAACGUCCAAGCCCUCGCCGAAUCCCGCCUUCUCCCGUAGACCACCCUCUGCAAAGUCCAACUCGUGGUGGGCGACUCCCCGCUUUCCAAACCUCAAGAUGAGCUCCAUGUCCGCAACCGCCGUCAGCAUCGGUUCAGCUGGCUUGUAUGCCGUUGUGAGCAAUCCCGCUCAGGUAGGCGCGCAACCCGAAGAAGCAAAGGAGAAGAAGCAUCAUUUGAAGAAUGGAAAAGGCUUUACGAAUCCCUGGGAUAGUUUCGCCGAGUUGAGCGUUUGGCAGAUAACCACUGGCAUGCUAAUGAGAAAACUAUCCGGGCAAUCAAACACGCCAGAUACCACACCUCCGACCGUCCCCGUCCAAAAACCGACCUUCCUACCUUCCCGCGAAACCCCCAAGCUGCGCGCAACAUGGCUAGGCCACGCAUGCUACUACGUCGAGUUCCCCUCCGGACUACGCGUACUAUUCGACCCCGUCUUCGAAGACUGCUGCUCGCCCAUCAAUAUAAAAGCGCUGAAACGAUACACAGAGCCACCGUGCCAAAUUGAAGACCUCCCCGUCGUCGAUGCUGUCGUCAUCUCGCAUAACCACUACGACCAUCUGAGUUACCCAACCAUAAUGCGCAUUCGCAAAAAGUUCCCCAAUGCGCACUUCUUCGCACCUCUCGCUAAUAAGAAAUGGUUUGAGGAUAGCGGGGUGCCUGGUUCACAGGUUACAGAGCUCGACUGGUGGGAGACGCGGGAGCUCAGUCUCGAGGCUGGCAAAAGCGAGUCUAAAGAGGCCGCCGAUGGUGUAUCUGUAACCUCUUCUACCACAGGAGAGAAACAGAACAAAACCUCGGCCAUUACCGCGACCAUCGGUGCUUUGCCUUGCCAGCACGUCAGCGCCAGAGGUCCAUUCGAUAAAUGUAAAACGCUAUGGGCGAGCUGGAGUGUAGAAUCCGGAGGCGCAAAGGUGUAUUUCGCCGGCGAUACCGGCUACCGCAGCGUUCCCAAACUUCCUCCUGGCACAGACGACUACUCCUCCACAUACGCGCACCUCCCAACAUGUCCCGCAUUCUCACAAAUCGGCCUUCACCGCGGCCCCUUUGACCUCGGUCUCAUUCCAAUUGGUGCCUAUGAACCCCGCUGGAUCAUGUCACCUAUGCAUGCCAACCCCAAGGACAGCGUCAACAUCUUUGUCGAUACAAAGUGUAAAAGAGCGCUGGGCAUGCAUUGGGGCACGUGGGUGUUGACCGAAGAGGAUGUGCUUGAGCCUCCCAGGAAACUAGGUGAAGCGCUCAAGGAGAAGGGGUUAGUUGCUGAUGAUAAGGAGGGCGGGGUGCAAGGCGUUUUUGGUAUUACGGAUAUUGGGGAGAGUAGAGAGUUUGAGAGCGGUGGGAAUUGAUGGACUGACGGGUUUGGAUAAACGUGUGUAUAACAAUACGGGGUUCGAGGCUUUUCUCCUUGUAUCAUAGUUUUCUGUGUAUGUCUACCUAUGGGUUAAGAUAAUUUCUAUUCGACGAAUCGUCUAUCCAUGUUUUUUCCUGCCAGCAUUUCGACCGUGAAUUCCAACCUCCGGGAUAAACCUCAUUUCGCCAGGUCUUUGUUCAUAACAUCUAAGAUAUAUGGAAAAAUAGGAUAUUUCGUGGCCCGAAGGAGAAUCAAGCAUUCAAUCAACCAUAUAAUUCGUUACUGUUCCAAUGUUCAAUCCCAUUC